AUGUUCUCCUCCUUUUUCUCCACCGCGCCGCCAGUCGACCCCAACGCACCAAACUUCCACCCUGUCUCUUCCGCGUUCCCGCCCUCGGAGCUCUACGGCGAGCUCGAGCCGAAAGACACUGAAUGGACAUGCCCUGGCGGCUUCGCGGUCGAGACGCAGAUAUUCUACAUCUUCUUGGAGGAUGGCACGUCCUUGAUGUGCCAGGUCAUCCAUUCAGCGGUAGGAGUAUGGUAUCCGACGAUCCAAUUCACCUGCAAGAUCUUCAACCCGAAUACCAAGGAGAAGACAUGGAAGUCUGUGAAUGUCUCCAAUUUCGUCACUCCCCCUCCCGGACUCGACAAGCGGUCCUCCAAGGCGGACCAGUUCUCGAUCACGCACAAGUCCAAGCCCGGAUCUGACACCCCCGAGUCCUACACCGUCACUGCCAACCUCGACAGCGACCUCCAGAUCACACUUGACAUCGCACGCCCCGCGUCCGUGCCCGGUUUCAAGACCGGCAAGGGCCCCAACGGUGGCUUCUCGUACUUUGGGCCAGACCCAAAGAACGCCGAGGGGUACGUGAUCCACCGCUUCUGGCCGCGCGUCCAGGCGAGUGGCCUGCUUGUGCACAAGGGCCACGCCGUCCAGGUAAAAGGGCCGGGCAUGUUUGUGCACGCAAUCCAGGGCAUGCGCCCGAACCUGGUUGCCGCACGGUGGAACUUCGCGCAUUUCCAGAGCGACGCCCACGGCGGGGUGUCUGCGAUCCAGAUGGACUUCACGACGACGAACGACUACGGCCGCAAGGGCGCUGGCUCCGGCUUCGUCACCGUCAGCGUCGGCUCGCUCGUCCUUGGGGGCAAGCUCGCAGCCGUUACGGCUGAGACGCGGUGGCCGGACGAGGAGCCGGCCGCGACGGCUGGCGUCAUCUCACGUGCGGUGCACUCGAAGACGGCACAUGAUCCAGAUACGAGUUACGACGCGCCGACCGAGAUCACGUUCCGUUGGGCGGCGCCUUCGAUCGUCCCGGAAGCGCAGGGACCAAUAGACGGCACGAUUGUCUUGGACUUGGGCAGCCCAGAUGCGUACAAGGGUUUGAUCGAGAAGGUGGACGUCCUCGCGGAGAUCCCCUAUGUGAUCAAGACCAUGGUGAACUACGUCGCUGGCACGAAGCCUUACAUUUACCAGUGGCUGAAUCCUGCCAAGCUCAACGUGAGCUUGCCUGCGGGGCUGAUUGAAGGCGUGUCGGACACGGCAGAGGUUGAGGGCAACCUCUACGUCGAGUCGACAUUCAUCUCGUAG